UGACGAUGCUAAAACGCAAGGCACAAACUUUUUUGUAGUUGGAGAAAGCAAAGAAGUUACCAAGAAAGACCCAACAACCCGCAAUUGUCCUAAUAUCAAUUAGUUGAGUGAGUCGAGUCUAUUAUUAUUGUGAUCUACAUGUACCCCAAGCAUCAUGCCUCCUCCUUCGAACCUCAAGCCUGUCCAGCAACAAUUGUUCACGGACAAUGGAGCUCCUCGUCCCUCCGCCGAGAAGAAGACGCACAUUGAAGUCUGUGCUCGGAUAAGGCCGUUGCAGAUCACCAUGCAGAGUUCGUCGAGUUACUUCAACGACCAUCAUGCGUCUCCGCGCAAACCUCCCGUUCCAAGCACCCGUAGAGCUGGUGGAAUUCCCACCCCCAAAGCCUCAGCCAAGGGUAACAAGACGCCCCAAAAGUCUCCCGCACCGAUUGCGGAAGAAGAUCUCUUUUAUGCCUGGGACGUGAUUGGAAAAGACACUGCCUCGCAAAGCCCUCGAACGGAUAUCGUGCAGGGGAGGACGCAUCAAUACACGCUCGAUAAGGUCUAUGGACCUACUUGUUCCACCAAAGAAGUCUACGCUCAAUCGGUCAAGCCAUUGGUAAUGUCCGCCAUGGAAGGAUACCACAGUGCUGUUCUAGCCUACGGUCAAACGUCCACUGGCAAAACAUUCAGCAUGACAGGAACACCCACUUCUCCUGGAAUCGUUCCUCUUUCCAUUCAUCAAUGCUUCCAAUGCCUCGAAAAGGACCGGGAAUACCUCAUUCGAGUAAGUUAUCUAGAAGUCUACAAGGAACAAAUUAGGGACCUAUUGGCCGAUGGAGCCAGUCAAAUUCGACUCUUUGAUCAUCGGGAACAAGGACUCAUCAUCAAGGGAUUACGAGAAGAGGUUGUGACGUGUCCCAAGCAAAUCUUUGAAAUACUCGCUAAGGGAGAAAAAAGACGCAAAAUUGGUGCCACCAACAUGAAUCAACAUUCCUCACGAUCCCAUGUCAUGGUGCGAUUGUGGAUUGAAAGUCGGGCCGUGGGGAAUAGUCGACGCGGUGGUUUUGGCGGCAACAAUAAUAACAAUAACAACAACAACAAGACGGCCGUGCGAGUGUCCUCCUUGAGUUUGGUCGAUUUGGCGGGAAGUGAAUCCGUCAAACUCCACGGUGCCAAUGAAGCACGAAGACAGGAAGGACAUUACAUUAACAAGUCCUUGAUGGCUCUUGGAAAGGUGGUGUACGCACUCAGCGAAAUGGGAAAGCAAAAAAAUAGCGGCAAGAACGCAUCGCAGCAGCAUAUCCCCUACCGUGAUUCCAAAUUGACGCGAUUGCUACAACCCAGUUUGUCGGGAAAUGCUCAGAUGGUGCUGAUUUGUUGCAUUUCGCCACUGGCAUUGCACAUCGAAGAGAGCCACAACACGUUCAAAUUUGCUGCCCGUGCCAAGAAGGUACCACAGAAAGCUACCAUUCAAGAAUCGAUGGAUGAAAAGACAUUGUUGCAAACCUACCGUGAGGAAAUUGAAGCACUCAAACAACAACUCAAAGAUGCCAAGACACAACAAGUCGUCCUCUUGGAAGAGCAGCAACAGCAGCAAGAAGAACCCGUGGAGGAUGACAUGGACGACGAAGUGGAGGAACUGAAAAUGGCAAUCCGCAAUAUGGAACAUUUGAUUCUCAAAAGCAAAGCGGCGACGACUCCCCCGAGCAGUGCAGUCAGCCGAAAAACCGCGCCCGAGGAGGACCUGUUGGAUGCCGAUAGUGAUGAGGAUGAAGGCGACGAAGCAGCUCUGUUGGCGUUGAUGACAGAAACGCAGAAGUCGUCUGGAGCCACGAGGAUACCAGGUGGAACUCCAAGUACACCCGUGACACCCGUAGCAGCCCCAGCAGAAGAUACCUCGAGCGACAUGUACGCGGAACUUCAUCGUAUUCAGGGACUGUUGGGGUCUGUCCUCAAAAAGCGCAGUCGAGGAACAAAGUCACCCUCACCCUCACCCUCCGCUGCCACCAGCAACAACAACACCCCCGCCGCAGUAGCACCGCUACCCGAAAUUAGUAGCCCCCAGCCCCAGGAUACGGCGGAAGUGAACAUUUUACGCGCUCAACUGGAGCAACAAGAAACGGCCAGCUCGUUGCGCGCGGCUGAUGCAACAUUUCUGACCAAACAACUCGAGGAAAAGGACAAUCUGCUGAUGGAAGUGUCCAAGAUUCUGGAACAAGUGGAACAACGUCAAGUGGAGCUCGAGGCCGAGAAUUCGGACUUGAAGAAGCAACUGCAUGCCCUCAAGACUGGGACUCCCUACAAUCCCGUCAACAUACUGAGGAACGGGAAUGUGGAGAUCUAGAAUUCAAUGGGUGGUGGGGACCAAACCAGCUUCAAUCGACGGGGGAUGCGACGACGAAUCCAGCAGCCAUAGGUGUCAUUUCUACGAUUGGAGAGUCUCGUUGUUGCAAAAAACGAUGUACCAUGUUGUAACCGCCCAUGAUGGAAUUGAUUUCAUGGGAUUGGGAAACAAAAUGGUACUGUUCUGAAAGGAGUCGACUGUGUGCAGGGUCAUGAUGCGGAAAUUCAAUCCUGCAAACAGACCUCCUUUCAGCUAGCUAAUAGAAACAAUAUUCAAGUUAAGAUCUUUUCAUGCUUC